CGACACUCUAACUGUGAUUGGUGGAAAACCGUGCGUCCGGUACACGUGUCCUAAGAGUCACCGGAGCCGGGAUGCAGGACAUACAAAAUGUGCCAAUUGACAUCCAGACCAGCAAAUUGCUGGAUUGGUUGGUUGAUCGAAGACACUGCACCCUCAAGUGGCAGAGCAAGGUACUGCAGAUUAGAGAAAAGGUUAAUCAAGCACUUCAGGACAUGCCAGAACAUGAGGAUAUCCGGAAUCUCCUAUCAGGAACAUAUAUUAAUUACUUCCAUUGCUUAAAAAUUGUUGAGAUAUUAAAGGGAACAGAAGCUGCCACCAGAAACUUGUUUGGAAGAUACUCAUCUCAGAGAAUGAAGGAUUGGCAAGAAGUGAUAUCUCUAUAUCAGGCGGAUAAUACUUAUCUAGCGGAGUGUGGCAGUCUGUUGAUGCGCAAUGUGAGCUAUGAAAUCCCGGCUUUAAAAAAACAGAUGACUCGGUGUCAGCAGCUUGUUGUGGAGUGUGAGCGUCGAGCAGAGGAAUGUGUGCAGGGAGCAGCAGAGCAGCGAGAACAGUAUUACAGCAGUUGCAAGCGCUAUGGGAUCAAUGGAGAGGAUGUUCGUAAGGAACUUCAGAUGUUGGUUUGUGAUGUCCCAGCAGCCCUAAAACAAGUAGGAUCAGAUGCUGCCGGACUCAUGCCUGCAAUCCAGCUGUACCAGGCCUGUGUGUCAUUUGUCUGUGAUAGCUCCCCUGAACAGGCUCUUCCUCUAAUCCGCUAUGUGCAGGAACAUGGAGACACCACAGUGUAUGAGUGGCGAACAGGAGUAGCCCCAGUGACUGUAGAUCGGCCAGAAGUCAAGGAGGUUGAAGAGGUUUCCGCACAAGAAGGAGAUAUUGACUGGGGAGAUUUGGGACUAACUAAAGAGACUCCAGCUCUGCAAACACCAGAGGAAAUAGACUGGGGUAUUGUUUCAGGAACAGAGGCUACAGGAGCUGAUGGCAUAAUCUGGGACACUGAAGAAACUGUGCCUGGUGAAAUCAUCACUGUGCUGGAAGAUGGGCAUGAUGUCCCUGCAGGUGUGGCACGAGGAUCUGAUGCUCUCACUGUGCUUGAAAACACAGAGACUCGCAAUCAGUUUGUUGAUGAGUUAAUGGAGUUGGAACUCUUCCUCUCUCAGUGGCUUCAGGGUAUUGAUGGUGACACUGACAUUGUCACCGUUACACAGUUCCAGACAGCCCCACCCAUUCUGCAGGAACAGACCCGGAAUAAAGUUGCUGCCAUAUUAUCACAUGUUAAAGAAUUAACUGGACGCUUAACAGAUGUAAAGAUGCGCCAUCUUUUCCUUAUUCUAGCAUCUCCACGGUAUGUUGAUCGUGUAACAGACUUGCUACUUCAGCGCCUGAAGCAAGCAGAGCUCUUGGAGAGUAAAAGAGAGGCAUGGUUGGAGAGAGGAAAGUCAGCACAGGAAGAGAGGGAGAGUCUGGAACCUAAGCUUUUACUUCUUCAAGAGAGGAGUCGUGAACUUCAGAAGCAGAUUGAAGCAGAUAUAUCUCGGAGAUAUAAUAACAGACCAGUAAAAGUUAUUGGCACCGGACUUUGAAAGUCAUCAUGCGACCUCAGACUCUGGCUUAUACAUUAAAGUCUCAUGUUUAUAAGGUGUUA